CAAUUCACACAGCACUUCAGUUUGACUUUGCCACUCGCUCCGCUUUGUGUUGUGUUUUUUUCUUGAAUCGAGACUCGAUUUGCUCCGAUCAACUCGAUCUACGAUCUCCUCUCGAUCUGCCGCCCACCACCGAUCUCCUCUGUGGUUCUCUCUCUCUCCGUAAUCGCCCCAUUAGGACCUGCAUCGAUAAUAUUUACUGUGAUAUAAUGCGGCAUCUGUUGCUGUUGUUCGUACUGUCCCUGACACUGUCGCUGGCCAAACCGGCCACGGAGGCGCCUCGCCUGCUCAUCGACUCUGCCCCCUCGGUGGUGUCCUACCAGGGCUCCUCCCAGACGCAUACACGCUUCGUCAUUGCGCCCAUGGGCAGGGCCUUGGGUUACGUGGAGCCCACGAAUCUCAAUCGAACGUUUCACACGAAGCCCACGACACGGGAGGAGGGCUCUGGCUACGAUCUGCUCAAUCUGAGUCCGGUCUAUGUGCCGCAUAAUUGAUUAAGUAUCUAGUUGAAUUCGAGUUCGAAUGAAUAUACGAGUAGUAGGCGAUGCCUGAAG